AUGGUCCUCCGAGCACAGGCUUUCAGCGAACCAGUGCUCAACCGCGUAGCCGUGAAGCGGCUGCGCGUGGUUGACGCGAUCCGUGAGGUACGCUUGGCCGACAUCCUUCGGUUCUUUCGGACCGUCCUUGCCACAAAUCUCUUGAAGUUUCCGUUCUUCGAGGUGUCGACAGGCCAAGAGCAGAGAAUGUAG